AUGCCCGAGUCAAUCCGGCGUGAUGCCAACAUGCGCCCAACCACGGCACGGGGAACAUCACCCAACAGUGGCACACCAGUGCAAGAGCCUCUGCCCAGCGACUACUUGCUGGGUUCGCCAAAGAGUCAGCGAAGUGGAAGGAGCGGAAGAAGUCCUUCCCAGCGCUCGCGUUCUGCGGCCGGCUCUCCGAAGUCCCCGAAGUCCCCGAAGGCUCAUCGCGCUUGGAAAGCGGCAAAUCCGGAGUUGGAGGUGCUGUCUGUGGAGGAGCUGCAGAAGCUGUUGCAGCUGAAAGACCACGCUUUGGAGUUGCUGCAAGAAGAGGUAGCAGGGUUGCAGGCUGUGCUCGAAAGCCAGGAGCGGUUGGAGGUGCGUUACCGCCAUUUGCAGAGCCUUUUGCAGCCUGCGCCUGACUCCGAAAAGGUCCGGCCUGUUACUCCGAGCAUGUUGGACAAAAUUGGCGAGGCUGGGCGAGCAGCACAGGUCGAUCGCUUGCAUGCGUAUCACGCAGGCCUCCGUCACGGGUACACAGACUUCGAAGCCAAGGCUGUCGCCUUUCCGGUUGACGAGCUCGGCAUGCAGAAGAGAGGCAUGCAGCAGGUUUCUGCACCCACUCCAGAUGUCCAGCCACAGCCUCGGCAGGUCAAGGGUUGGUUGUACUGA